GUUGACGGUGUUGGAAGUUUUAACGUAAAACACUGCCCUCACACGGGAAUCAUCAAUCAUAUCGAAAUACUAAACAUAGUAACUGACUCGUGGUAAAAUUGCACAACUCCUCUGCGCCUCACACCCUCCUCCUCCUCCUCCUCCUCCGUUACCCCGUUUCUGUCUACCCUAUGACAACAGCAAUUGGGUGAAACGUGAACGCCACCACCGAUCGGGGUUUGCCAAAACCUUACAAUGGAGGUCGAAAGGAUGAGACAGUUGAUGCUGAUGUGGUGUAGAAUACGAAGCAACCGUGUCGCUCUUGUGGGUGGAAACCAUACCGCUGCCAGGUUUUGCAGUCGCUGAAAUUCUCUCCUUCCUAUAUCGCUGGCUUUGUUUGUUUUUUCUCUUCCAACUUUACUCAAUAGGAUCUCAUCUCGCUCGGUUAAUUUAAUCAUCGAUGGGGAGCACGAUGAAGAAUAAGCAUUUGCACGAUGGAAGAACAAUUGCUGCUCUCAACCCCGAAAGUUUCCUCGUUAUCAGGAUUCCCGAUGCGCUUGUUUUGCGCAUUCUGUCUCGCUCAUUGUUCGUGGCCAUGGUUCUUGCUGCCUUGCCUUUCUUGGGAACUGUUCUCAAAGGAUUCUAUUUCUCUUCCAGUUUUGUUCCCAAUGUCGAAACUGCAGCCGCAUCUGGGUCUCUCGAUGUGGGACUAUUGAAUUCGAUUCUACAUGAUUUCGCUCAUGAGGGUCUCCUCAGAGAGAACGAUAAGGCACUCGUUCUGAACUCUCCCCUUCCUAAUGUCUUCAGGGAAAAGAUUGAUGUUGUCAUGGAUUCUGAUUGGGAAAGUAAGAGCUUGUUUGCUGAUGUGUCUUAUGAUUUUGUGUUCACCUCUGGUGAUAUUGAUGCUGAGUUUAUUGAUCGCAUUCUGAAAAUUGAUGGCAUUGUGGCUCUCCCGUUGGGGUCUAAACCGUCAAAUUCUGCUUUCAAAGAACAAAAUAAUUAUAGAGUUGUUUCCCUUAAGCGAUAUGGAACUGCUGUUGUUGUUGCAUUGAAGAAAACUGGGCCAGCCGUUAGGUUGGUAGAUUCUGAUUCUUCGCCAAAGAGGAAGCUUUUGGCGACAAAGACAGAGGCCAAGAGUGUGGCAUUGAAGGGUCUUGAAGAUGUUCUCUUGGAGCCUCCGAGAAAGGCUUUGGUUAAAUCAAGGAAGUACUUGAACAAGAUCAAGUAUUUACCUGACUUGGUGGGUGAUUCUCUUGAAGGUUACAAAAGAAGAGUCUUCAUUGGUGUAGGAUUGCCUGAGGAGAACAAGGGUGUGAUGCAAUGGUUUAAGGAGAACUAUCCCAAGAAGAAUACUAAGUUUGAGACUCACAGCGUCGCGGUUGUGCCGGAAGACCAUUUCGCCGUUUCUGCUUGGUUGUCUAAGAAUGUGAAGGAGGAAGAGUACGUUGUGAUGAAGGCAGAAGCAGGGGUGGUGGAGGAGAUGAUGAAGACGAGGACAAUAAGGUUGGUGGAUGAACUCUUCUUAGAGUGUAAGAAUGAGUGGUGGCAGAGGGGGAAGACAAUGAAGAAGAACGAAAGAACUUAUUGGGAGUGCUUGGCUUUGUAUGGAAGGGUGAGGGAUGAAGGAGUUGCGGUUCACCAAUGGUGGGGAUAAUUAAUUGAAUAUUGAAGCUUUUAAUUAGCUUGGUGUUUCUCUGAUGUGCUCUGCAGUGUUUGUUACCACUUACUAUUUCUUGGUUCGCUUCUAUCUACUGUGUUUAAUUUUCAGUGUUUGGUUUGUUUCUGUUAUUCUGUGUGUGAAUUUGCGCCUUAGGAGAACUGCACGUGCCGUGAGUUAUGCAUGCUUGUGCUCCUUUUCCGUGGUGCUAUUGCUUAUGAUGUGAUAGUGCUUAUAAAUAAAAGGCUUGUUAUCUUUA